GCUACUCGUUAUCAAAUCAUCUGGGCGAAGAAUCUCUAUCUUGAGGUCGGGUCGAAAGACUACAAGAUAAUAGACGAAAUGCCUCAACUGAAGAACAAGCGCAAGCAGCCUCAAGUGCCUACAACAGCACCAAAACGCCAAAAGACAGGCUAUGAACUCGUUACACCUCCUCCAGACAACCCCGCCAGAACAAUCUCCAGUAUUGGCCUCUGCGACGAAGACAUCGAGCUUGCAAUCGACACACUCAACAGUCUCACAGCGAAUCCGGCAGUGAUCAAGGCGAAGGUCUGUAAAGAAUUGCGCACCGCUGUGUAUAGAUUCAGCAAAGCAUGCACAACUGGCCUCAACGCGACCUCCGGCGACACAAACCUCACGGCGAAGAUCAGUGGUGCUCUGGCUGAUGGAAAAUACACGGAAGCAAGAAUAUUAUUGGCAGAGAUGGGCAUCAGGAGACAGAAACCGAAGUUAGGUACACUAUGUCGGUGGGUCCGCGAUCUGGAUGUUGUGAGCGGGCUGGCGGAACAAUUGGAUGAAGAUGGAAGAGCAAGGACAGAGCGUGAAGAGAAAGCGCUGAUGGCGCUGGAUGCUGUCUUGCGCCUCACUGGACCUACGGAUUAUACGAUUGCUGAAAUGGCCAAAUCGAUGUCCAUGUCACAUUCGAUGCCGAUCAUACCACGGGAAACCUGGAAUCUCAGAGACGACGCUCCUCGCAGGAAUGUUUACAACAGCGUCCUGGAUCGCACACUCUUCAGCUCCAUUCCCGUCACAAUCUCUUGCUUUAAAGUUCUGGAAAUCACACCUGGCGCCCAGCGCAAACCUCCGAAUCUUCACCCAGCUAUUCUGUAUACCUCACAAGACGAUACCAUCCCACUAUCAGCGACUCCUCCAGAAAUAACGCACCACCAACAUCAGGUAGUGCCGAACCUACAUUUCUUAAGAGACGUACUCUUACCCUCCGAGUGCGAAGCAAUUAUCGCCGCCGGCGAGACUCUCGGCUUCACACCAGACGCUCCCAUUACAGAAGGUCAAGAGUCUAGUAUCCUCGCGCACAACUUUUACUGGAUCACCGACCCCGCUUUCAUUGCAAAACUCUGGUCCCGUGUCGCACCUUUCGUUCCCGCAGAAGUAGCAGGCAAGAGAGUCCGCGGCCUAAACAGGCGCUUCCGAGUGUACCGAUAUGUCCCGGGGGCCGAGUAUCGCGCGCACAUCGACGGCGCGUGGCCACCAUCCGGUGUCACCGAAGAAGGCAAAUACGUCUACGACACUUCCUCGCCACCGGCAAAGCAGUCGUCGCUGUACACUUUCUUGGUCUACCUGAAUGACGAAUUUGAGGCGGGCGAGACUACUUUCUUCCUGCCUAGUGCUAAGGAGGGCAGCAUGAACGCUUACUCUGUUAAACCUGUGCAGGGUAGCGUCGUAAUGUUUCCGCAUGGUGAAACUGAGGGUAGUCUGCUGCACGAGGGAACGGGGGUGAAGAAGGAGGGCGUCCCGACUGCUAAGUAUGUUAUCCGCACGGACGUGCUCUACGAUGUUGAGGCUAGGGGAGCGGUUUGAGGGACUCUACAUGAUCUUCUUAACGACUGUAUCCGCUCUUACUCGUUUGGCGAGAACAGAUGAAACGAAUGCCUACAUAAUACCUUUACACGAAAGUUGAUUUCAUGCGCAUAGUCUGUCC